AUGAAAUCUGAUCCUAAGAAAGUCAGAGGAAUCUUGGCAAACAGAGAAGCAGCUGCACAUUCAAAGAAGAGGAAGUCACAGUACCUUCUUGACUUGGAACACCAAGUAAAUUUUCUUGAGAAGGAUAUCACUUUGAUGCAAGAAAAAGAGAUGCUUUUGGAGAAUGCUAAAAGCAUGCUGAUUGAUGAGAAGAAGGAGUUCAUGAUUCGACUUGAAUCGUUGGAGCAACAAGCAAAACUUCAUGACGAAAUCAAAAGUCCAAAGGCGACGACAACGUUGAACGAACAAUUGAGUGUGGAAGCACAACGGCUGAAGGAAGUAUUAGCAUCAAACGAACAACUGAGUGUAGAAGUCCAGCGGCUAAAGAUGGCAAUAGGUGAUGUGAUGCAUAACGACGGCUAUCAAAUUGACCCAAACAUCUUGCAACAACUCACCAUUAAUGAGUCCGAUAAGCCACAGACAAGCAAGCAGCUCUGA